GCUGCCUGUCACAGCCUCUCUGCCGAUAUUAUAGGGGCCGAAGCCUGGAGCUCAAAGCGGAAAGUCAGCCAGUGUAAUGAACUUCUGGAAACCUUUCCCUUUUUAUACCAUUCAGUUUCUGAGAGGCAGAGACAGCCUCCUCUGACGCCUUUUCCCCCCUUCCAUUAUUUUUCCAGGCUCUGAUCUCCCUGCUCGCUGCACCGAGGCGCUCGGCGCAGAGCCCCGCUCCCCAUCCUACCUUCUCCUUCGCCUCAUUGUUGUCCUGGCUGCUGUGGCUCUCGCUUGCCUUCCAGGAGCGCGGUGGCGAGCCCCCUCGCACCCCUCUGCACCCUCCCGGGGUCCCGAGAGCAUCUGCUUGCAGGGGGGCAACGAGCGGCCGCCGACUUUGGGUCAUUUCGUUUCUUUUUUUUUUUUCUUUUUCUUUUUGCUCCUUUUUUUUUUUUUUUUUCCCUUGCCUUGUGUCCCCGUCCCUCGGGGAGGACAUCGCUGGGGGAGCGGGGCAGCGGCGACGAUGUGCCGGCCCCCGCGGCGGAGCCAGCAGUGAGCGCCCGAGGGAGGCACCUGCCCCGCGGAGCCGGCGUUGUGGGGGGGGGAGGUGGAAGGGGGGCCGCCGCCUCGCCCCGGCGCCGACGCUUCGCCCCGAGUUUAACGACUCCCCGGGGGCUUCGAGCAUGAGCAAGCCGGCGGGAUCAACAAGCCGCAUUUUAGACAUCCCUUGUAAAGUGUGUGGGGACCGCAGCUCCGGGAAACACUACGGAGUUUACGCCUGCGAUGGGUGCUCGGGAUUUUUCAAGCGGAGCAUCAGGAGGAAUAGGACCUAUGUUUGCAAAUCGGGAAAUCAGGGAGGUUGCCCGGUGGACAAGACGCACAGGAAUCAGUGCCGGGCCUGCCGGCUGAAGAAGUGCUUGGAGGUCAACAUGAACAAAGACGCGGUGCAGCAUGAGCGAGGCCCCCGGACGUCGACAAUACGGAAGCAGGUGGCCCUCUACUUCCGUGGGCACAAAGAAGAAAGUGGCGGUGCCCCGCACUUCCCUGCUGCUGCCUUGCCAGCACCCGCCUUCUUCACUGCUGUCUCCCAGCUGGAGCCCCACAGCCUGGAGCUGGCUGCCGUCGCCAGCACCCCCGAGAGGCAGGCUCUGGUGGGCCUGGCGCAGCCCACCCCAAAGUACCCACAUGAAGUCAACGGUACCCCUAUGUAUCUCUAUGAAGUGGCCACCGAAUCCGUCUGCGAGUCAGCAGCCAGACUUCUGUUCAUGAGCAUCAAGUGGGCCAAGAGUGUCCCAGCCUUCUCCACCUUGUCCUUGCAAGACCAGCUGAUGCUUUUGGAAGAUGCUUGGAGAGAACUGUUUGUUCUAGGAAUAGCACAAUGGGCCAUUCCAGUUGAUGCUAACACUCUACUGGCUGUAUCUGGCAUGAAUGGUGACAAUACAGAUUCUCAGAAGCUGAAUAAAAUUAUCUCAGAAAUACAGGCUUUACAGGAGGUUGUGGCUAGAUUUAGACAACUUCGGCUAGAUGCUACCGAAUUUGCCUGUCUCAAAUGCAUUGUCACUUUUAAAGCUGUGCCUACACACAGUGGUUCCGAACUGAGGAGUUUCCGAAACGCUGCCGCCAUAGCAGCCCUUCAAGAUGAAGCCCAGCUCACUCUGAACAGCUACAUUCAUACCAGGUACCCCACACAACCCUGUCGUUUUGGAAAACUUUUAUUGCUUUUACCAGCUUUACGUUCGAUUAGUCCAUCUACGAUAGAAGAAGUGUUUUUCAAAAAGACCAUUGGGAAUGUACCAAUUACAAGACUGCUUUCAGAUAUGUACAAAUCCAGUGACAUAUAAAUUACCUUAAAAUAAACAAUCAGGAUGGACAGUUUGAGAAGAACUUUUAUCUAUGGAGAAUAAGCCUCAACUAACAAAAUCUACAGGAAGCAUAAGCCUGGGAAUGUUUAGCCUUUAAACCCAUUGACAAAAAAUACCCCAGUAGAUAUGAUUCUGCUGCUCUGAACAGAGUGAUUUAGAUCAUGGAGAGAAUGCUUUGUUCUACAGAAAAAGUGAAAGUGGUUGGAAUUUGGCUGCUAUUCCUGUUACUACAGGAUGGAGGCAAUUCAGAUGCCAGUCAUAGUUAACAAAGACUCCGCUAUUCUCUCAUUUAACUGGCAGAUCUGAGACAAAAUGUGAAAGAAGGUACUUUAGUUUGUUCAGUAUUUGGAACCGGGUGACCAAACUUGGCUUCUGUUGUAACAUGAGAUGCGGUGGCCUUCAGGACUGUUUUGAAAGUAGCCUAUGUUGGGAAAACGUUUGUAAUAUGAUAGGCAACAUUUAAGACCAGGUUACCAAAACAUUGCUUCUGCUAUAAUACAUCAUGAAGUGGCCUUCAGAACUGAUUAAAAAGUAGCUUAUGACGGCAGCUCCAUUCUUCCUGCAAAACGAACUGGUGAUCUUUGAUGCGGAUGUCACCACAAUGCACUUAGUUAACAUCUCAAAGACAGAAGAGCUUUACACACUUCCCCCCCGACCUUCCCUCCUCCUUUUUCCACACACACAGACACACACGUUCACACACCUGAAAAGAUACAAGUCAAGAAAGGAAGACUAAAACAGCAAAACCAAAUACAAUGGAGAUGACCGCGUCAGUGACCUGCUGGGUGUCCCGUUGGCACAGUGCUGAAACCAAAGGCAACGGUGGCCAAACUCUUUGUCAAUGAGAUGUGCAGUGAAGUGAAAUGACUAUAAAAAAACAUAAUAAAAAAAUCAACGGAAGGAAUUUUAUUUCAAAGAAAUAAGAGUUGUUGACUGAUACAAUGCUAACAAUUUCCAAAAGUCUCCAAUGCCUUUUUAGAAAACUCCAGGUUCUAAUUUUGAAG